AUGAGGCAGGUACUCGAUUUCGUAAGUCUUCGUCUCGAUAUCUCAGUAGAUAUUCUCCGGAUAGGCUACAAAACUCCACUGCCACGCCAAAUUAGUGCGUGGCGGAAUGACCUCCGGCCAUCUCCGGCGCGGAGAGGAUGCGUGCAUGCGAGCGAGCAGCGUGCCGUGUGCACGCUCGGAUCUAGUUCAGGUCUGGCGGUAGCUACCCUAGCACAACGUCGCACGAUAUUCGAUGCCCGGAGUGUUUCGAACGAGACCAGAUUGGAGCAUGGGGAGCAUAUUUCCCUCACGCGCUGCGCCUCCUAUGCGAGCAUCACUGAUUCGCUUAAAGAGGAGAAGGCUUCCCAGUACCUCUCACUCCACGACCUCGACUUAGCCCCGAUGCCAGAGGUCCACCGUGACCUCCGGCUGGUCUUCUCACAAUGA